AUGGAAGAAGUGAAGGAGAAGGGAAAGGUAUGUGUAACAGGAGGAAGUGGUUUUCUUGGAUCAUGGAUGGUUAUGAGACUUCUUCAGUUUGGUUAUUAUGUUAACACCACAAUUAGAUCUCAUCCAGAUCGCAAGAAGGAUGUGAGCUACCUCACGAAUCUUCCAGGUGCUCAAGAAAGACUACACAUUUUUAACGUUGAUUUAGACAAACCAGAGGGUUUCAAUGCUGCAAUUGAAGGAUGCAUUGGAGUAUUUCAUGUUGCACAUCCAGUUGAUUUUGAGAACAAAGAAAGUGAAGAAACAAUUACACAAAGAUCCAUCAAUGGGACUUUAGGUAUUUUACAAGCAUGUCUUAAUUCAAAGACAGUUAAACGUGUUAUAUACACUUCUAGUUCAACUACGGUUAUGGUUGAGAAUUCAUCAGACAUAGUGGACGAAAACUCAUGGACAAACGUAGACAUUGUAAGAGCUUUAAAGAACUUUGCAAGUUCUUACACGAUUAGUAAGACAUUAACAGAAAAGACAGCUCUAGAAUUCGCUGAAAAAAAUGGUAUCGAUCUUGUGACUGUAAUCCCAACUUGGAUACAUGGCCCCUUUAUUACUCCUCAAAUUCCUGGCUCUGUUCGUUCAUCUAUGGAAAUGAUUCUUGGUCAUCAAAAUUAUAACAUGAGUUACCCUCCAUAUGUACCUUUUGUACAUGUAGAUGAUGUGACAAAUGCUCACAUUUUCCUUCUUGAAAAUCCUAAUGCAAAAGGAAGAUAUAUUUGUUCAACUGUUGAAAUAACACGUGAAAAGCUAGCUGAGUUUCUUUCGACUAGAUAUCCUGAAUUUCAAAAACAAAUUAAUGAGUACACAUGGGCAAGUAGUGAAGAAGUUACAUGCCCUAGAUAUUCAUCCAAAAAGCUUUUGGAGACUGGAUUCAAGUACAAGCAUGGUCUUGAGGAAAUGUAUGAUGGAGCUAUUUAA